CCGUAUUCAGAGACAAAGGAGCCCCAAAAAAUGAUAGCUGUGACUCGAAAUUCUGCAGAAAGUAGAUUUCUCUUUCAUUCGAAAGAUACUGUAAUCUUUCGUGCUAUGGAACUAGGUCUCUUCGAUCAAGGUGGGAUCAGACAGGCUCGACUGGAAUGGAGAACCGCAAGGUCGGCGAAUGGGAAAAUACUAUGGACUGUCAGAAACAGCACGAAGAUAAUGACGACACUUUGUGGACAGAGCCGCGAAGAUUCGGUCUGUCUAUUAUUAUGGCAAGGCAUGGAAAGCCCAUCCAUUCGCGAUCGACAAAAGAAAUGCUUGAACACGCCACAUCAAUCUUGGUCAAAAGCUCCUUCACCAACGGUCUCUUCCCUGGAAAGCUGAGUGAGCUUCAAGAACCAGCUGCGUAUUACCAAGAGAGUCACAGGGAUAAUGUCAGAGCCCUCCCGGAU